AAUAAAGUCGAGACGUGGAGUUGUCUAACUUCUAAGUUAGGCUAACCUGUCAAAUUGACAAUGUUUAAAUUUUGAAUUCAGUUUUCAAAAAAAUAAAUAUUUUGACAGGCUAUUUCUGUUCUCUUCAGAUAUGGAAAGUAGCACAACUAAUGGAAGCAAUCGAAGUAACAGAGUAAACAUCAUGGAAGGAGUUGGUGGAAGGGUUAUGCGUGGACCUGACUGGAAAUGGGGAAAACAAGAUGGGGGGGAGGGUCAUGUUGGAACUGUUCGAAAUUUUGAGUCUCCAGAGGAGGUAGUUGUUGUUUGGGACAAUGGAACAGCUGCAAAUUACAGAUGUUCUGGAGCUUAUGACUUAAGAAUUAUAGAUAGUGCUCCAACAGGAAUCAAACAUGAGGGAACCAUGUGUGACACCUGCAGACAGCAGCCAAUCUUUGGACUUCGAUGGAAAUGUGCCGAAUGUACUAAUUAUGAUCUGUGCUCCCUCUGUUACCAUGGGGAUAAACAUCACCUGAGGCAUCGCUUCUAUCGCAUUGCUACACCUGGAAGUGAAAGAGUUGUCAUGGAACCCAGAAGGAAAAGUAAAAAGAUAGCCAUUCGAGGAAUUUUUCCUGGUGCUCGUGUAGUUCGAGGGGUUGACUGGCAAUGGGAGGAUCAAGAUGGAGGAAAUGGUCGUCGGGGAAAAGUGACGGAGAUCCAAGACUGGAGUGCAGCUAGUCCUCGAAGUGCGGCUUACGUUAUUUGGGACAAUGGAGCCAAAAACUUGUAUCGUGUUGGAUUUGAGGGAAUGGCUGAUCUGAAGGUAGUGAAUGAUGUUAAAGGUGGAACAGCAUACAGAGACCAUCUGCCUUUGUUGGGUGAACAAGGUCCUGGUCGAACUGGUGUCCAUGGUUUCCAGAUUGGUGACCAAGUUAAUGUGGAUCUUGACCUGGGCAUUGUCCAGUCUCUCCAGCAUGGACACGGUGGUUGGACGGAUGGUAUGUUUGAGUGUUUAGGAACAACAGGGACUGUUGCAGCUGUGGAUGAAGAUCAUGAUAUUGUGGUAUCUUAUGCAAGUGGGAAUAGAUGGACCUUUCACCCUGCUGUUCUGACGAAAGUCAAUUCUGUACCCCAGACUUCUUCUUGUGGAGAAACAUCUUCCACACAACAGUUUGCUGUUGGGGAUCUUGUCCAAAUUUGUAGUGAUAUUGAGAGAAUUAAAAUUCUUCAACGAGGUCAUGGCGAAUGGGCUGAGGCCAUGACACCCACCCUUGGGAAGAUUGGAAGAAUUCAGCAGAUCUAUCAUGACAAUGACCUGAAAGUUGAGGUUUGUGGAACUUCUUGGACAUAUAACCCUGCAGCUGUUACAAAAGUGGCAUCUGAUAGUGCCCUACCUGGUACAUCUAGUGGGGAGAGACUGAGUGCUUUAUUGAAGAAGUUGUUUGAAACUCACGUGUCUGGUGAUAUCAAUGAGGAAUUGGUAAAAGCAGCAGCUAAUGGUGAUGUGCAGAAGUUGGAAGAACUUUUAAAAAGGCCUGAUGCAGAGGUGAAUGGUGUUUUUGCAACUCACACAGCACUCCAGGGAGCAAGCCAAAAUGGUCAUAUUGAAGUCAUUAAACUACUGUUACGUUACAAUGCAGAUGUUGAGAUUGAGGACAAAGAUGGAGAUCGAGCUAUUCACCUUGCAGCAUUUGGUGAUGAACCCGGUGUUGUUGACGUGUUAGCCCGUGCCGGUGCAGACUUGAAUGCACGGAACAAACGUCGUCAAACACCCUUACACAUUGCUGUUAACAAAGGUCACAUUGGUGUGGUGAGGAUAAUGUUGGAGUUGGGAUGUCAUCCUAGCUUGCAGGAUUCGGAAGGAGAUACAGCACUUCAUGAUUCAAUCAGUAAGAAACGAGAUGAUAUGCUCACGUUGCUUUUAGACCACAAUGCUGACAUCAGUCUGACUAAUAACAAUGGCUUCAAUGCUCUUCAUCAUGCUGCACUAAGAGGAAAUCCAAGGUUGGAUGUUUUUCUUAUUCUUUUUAAAUGUCAUUCA